AGGUGCAGCCCGGCCCGGUGUUCGUGCCCAGGGCUCCCGGGCCGCGUCAGAGCGAGUGUGGCGGGCUGGUUUUGUUGCCCGCAGCUGGAUUUCCUUCAGCCCUUACCCAUGGAGCGGUGUGGUGCGAGGAGAGAGAGCCGCGAUGGAGCUGGAGGGAUAGCGAGGAACUGCCGGUGCUGGAGGGAACACUGCUACAAGGCUUGACUUCUUUCUUUCUCUCCUUUUUCUCUCUAAUGAUUGCAGCGAGCGCUCGCAGCACGGCCCUUUGUCACUUCCCGGGAAAACUCCGAAAGCAAAGCCCUCGUUCCGCUGCCAGCAUCCUCCGUUACCCGCGCUGAAACCCCACAGACCUUUCCUAAUGCCGUGGGGACGAUGCCGUGAGGCCUGGUAAGGCUCGGCCAUAGCCAUGACAGAGCCGCACCGGGUGUCGUUCACCACUCUGCACGGGCCCCUGAGCAGCAGCUUCCUCAAGAGGUCUCGCAAGGACGAGGCGGAGCAGCCCCCGGAGGCGGAGCCGGCGGCCACGGCCGUGCGCAUCACCCUGACCCUCUUCGAGCCCGACCACAAACGCUGCCCCGAGUUCUUCUACCCCGAUCUCCUCAAGAGCUGUCGGGGGAAAGUGAAAGGGAGUUCUUCAGGUGAUAAGAAGAAAGACCCAGCUGAUCCCUUCAAUGAUGAGGAAAAGGAAAGGCACAAAGUGGAGGCUCUUGCUAGGAAGUUUGAAGAAAAAUAUGGUGGCAAGAGGCGCAGGAAGGACCGGAUCCAGGAUCUGAUUGAUAUGGGCUAUGGCUACGAUGAGUCCGACUCCUUCAUCGACAACUCGGAGGCUUAUGAUGAGCUGGUUCCUGCCUCUCUCACCACCAAGUAUGGAGGGUUCUACAUCAACUCAGGCACGCUGCAGUUCCGGCAGGCCUCUGAGUCUGAGGAUGACUAUGUCAAAGAGAAGAAGAAGAAGUGUCCCAAGAAGCGGAAGUUGAAAGAUGGGGGUGAAAAAAUAAAGAAGAAGAAGAAGGAUGAUUCUUAUGACAAGGAAAAGAAAUCAAAGAAGUCCAAGUUUCCAAAAGCUGGCUUCACAGCAUUAAAUGCAAGUAAGGAGAAGAAGAAGAAGAAAUACUCUGGAGCUCUCAGUGUCAAGGAGAUGCUGAAGAAGUUCCAGAAGGAGAAGGAUGCUCAGAAGAAGAAAGACGAAGAGCAGAAAGCGGUGCCCCCUUCCCCAGCAGACCCUGCAGGCCCAAGGGAGGCAGAGGCCAUGGCUGACCCUCUGCUGUCCCUCUUUGGGCACGCCAGUGACAGUGACCUGCUGCAGGCAGCCUCAGCCAUGGACUCCCUGAGCGAGCUGGACCUGGAGCGGCUGCUCAGCGAGUCCCCCGAGGGCAGCCCCUGCCCUGAGCUGGAGGAUGGCAGCGACCCUGCCUUGGAGCAGGAGUUCAAGCAGCCCCCAUCCCUCCCCGAGGGGCUGCCUGCCCCCCUGGAGAAAAGGAUCAAGGAACUGGCUCAGGCUGCCAGAGCUGCUGAGGGAGAAGGCAAGCAGAGAUUCUUCACUCAGGACAUCAACAACAUCAUCCUGGACAUCGAGCUGCAGACGCGGGAGCUCAGCAGCCAGGUGCGCUCGGGGGUCUACGCCCACCUGGCCGCCUUCUUCCCCUGCAGCAAGGACACGCUGCUGAAGAGAGCCCGCAGGCUCUACCUCUACGAGCAGGGUGGGCGCCUGAAGGAGCCUCUGCAGAAGCUGAAGGAAGCCAUUGGAAGGGCCAUGCCAGAGCAGGUGGCCAAGUACCAGGAGGAAUGCCAAGCCCAUACUCAGGCCAAGUUUGCCAAGAUGCUGGAAGAGGAAAAAGACAAAGAGCAGCGAGUUUGUUCUGAUGAGGAUGAGGAUGAAGAAAAGGGAGGGAAGCGUGUCGCGGGCCCGCGGAAGAAAUUCCAGUGGAAUGAUGAAAUCAGGGAGCUGCUUUGCCACUUGGUGAAGAUUAAAUUGGAUGGUUAUGACCUUGACAAGAAUAAGGCUCAGUCUCUAGAGGAUUAUGUGAAGACCUUCCUAGAAGGAGAGGUGAAGCCCCUUUGGCCAAAAGGCUGGAUGCAGGCCAGGGCGAAGAAGAAAGUCAUAGCUCCUACCAAGGUGAAAGUGAAGGACUCUUCCUGCAAGCCAGACAAGAAGCUGUCGGUGUCUGUCCCUUCCUUGCACUCGAGCAGCACCUUGGCCAUGUCCUCAGAGCCCCAGGGAGGAGCCCUGGGCAUCAGUGCCCAAACCAGGGAGCUCUUGUCCCUUGGGACAGCCCAGGCUGCCAGCAGCACUGCUGCUCCUGCCACCUUCAAGGAUGAUUCCUUGGAUGAGGACUUGAUUCACAACCCCACCUCCUCCCUGGAAGCCGUGUCCAAGGAACUGGCUGUGCUCAACAGCAGGGCAGCAGGGAGCCCUGACUUUACUCUUCCUGCAGCUCCAAAAGCUCCACCAGAGAAGAUCCCAGCUCUUGCAUCCUCAGAGGAGAAGAGGACAUUUCCAAAGCUGAACCCUUCCCUUUCAUCAUCCUCUGGUUCCCUCCAGUCUCCUCUAAACUUCCUAGCUGAGCAGGCCCUGGCGUUGGGCCAGUCUUCUCAAGACAAGAAGACAGAGAACUCUAAUUACAAAGAACAUUCCUGCCAAGCCUCCCCCAGCAAAAUCCUUCCUGAUGCCCACCAGGCCAAACAGAAGCACCACAGCCUGGUCAGGCCAGGCCACGGGCCGCCGGCCUCGGCGCCGGUGCCGGGCGCUCAGGUGAAGGUGUUCCACCCUGGUGCUCAGCUCCAGAAACCCUUCACCUCCCCAGCUCCCUUUGUCAAACUGCAGAAUCCCAAAUCCUCCACGCCCCUGCCCCAGCGCUCCCUCCUCCAGCAGGUCAAGUCAUCAACCAAAGCUCAGAGCUUCCAUUCCUCCGCGUCCCCAGGCAGCACCCAGAACUCCAGCAGCUCCCACAAGAGCCAAGGCUUGUCCUCCUCCUCUCUCAGCUACACCGGGAAGCACUCGAGCGGCUCCGGCUCUUCAGGACAAUCUUACAAAUCCCCUUUUGUCGCUGGCUCCCUCUCCAAGCACGGGGCUUCUUCCAGCAGCUCCUCUGGAGCUCCUGCCAACCAGGGCGGCUCCUCUGGGACUUUGCUCGCCGGUGUUGCGGCCCCGUCCCUGGGCUCGGCCUCGGGCCGCCCGGCCUCGGGCUCCUCGGUGAAGAAACCUCCCGUGGCCCAGAAGCUGACCCUGGUGGCACCUCCUGGGGGCUCCAACGGGGAUUCCAGCGGGGGCACCCAGGGCGUGGCCAAGCUGCUGACCUCGUCCCUAAAGCCAGCUGUGGUCAGCAGCACCGCAGCCUCUACCUCUGUGCCGAAAGGAACUAGUGGAGCUGUGCUGCUAACAAGCUCUUCCUCCUUAAGUGUACUGGCUCCAUCCUACAAGUCCAACAACCCAAAGCUGCCAGCUGCCCUGAGCUCCACCCCGUUAGGUAUUAUCUCUCCUAUUCAUUCUUUCCCUCUCCAUGUCAUCUCCUUCAGUUCCGACUCCUCCCCCAAAGCAGGAGUUUCCAAGGAUGCAAUAGUUACAGGACCUGCUCCAGGAACUUUCCACCACGGCCUCGGGCACAGUCUUCUGGCUGGUUUGCACUCCAGCCCCCACCACGCAGCGCCACUCCCACACUCUGCCCUGGCCACUCACUUACCACAGAGUUUGCCAGCAGGAUGCAGGGCCAGAAGACCACUGGGAAUAAGUGAAGGAGAAUUGACCAUGGAUCCAGCUCAGCAAGGACCUACUUUCUCACUUGGUGUUUUCACUUAAAGAUUGGGGAUGGAGCCUGGUGCUGCCAUCUCUUGGAUCAUUCCCAGUUCUGGUGUUUUGGAGGAGAACACAGCAGAUAUUUAAGUGACUCCCAUAAGCUUAAAAUGAAUUCCUGUGUUUUGUGGCACCAGCUGUGUUUGGCUGUGCCAACACCUGCCCACAGCUGCAUUGCUGUGUCUGAGCACUGGAGCUGCCUGGGAGGUUGCUGCAAGUGCAAGGGAAUGUUGAUGCCUUAAAUAAAAGUGCUUUUAUAUCCAUGUACAUCCAAGAGCCUCUGAGCAAAGAGCAUCCAGUGCUUGCCUGUGUGUGGUUGGUGCUUCUGUUGCUGGUGGAGGUUCCUUGUGCUGGGAAUGUGGAGAUGGGAUGUGCUGGGCUGAGCUCUUGCAUGCAGAGGAGCUGUUCUUGGCCUGGAGGAGAAGCUGCUGCUGCACUGCUGGGUGCCACUGCUGCUUGGCUGCACGUCUCAGUGCUCCCAUUUGUCCUUCACAGUCUGAAGUGGUUUUGAUUGCUCCUGGAAAACUUUUGCUUCCUUAAACUUCCUUUUUCUCUCUUCAGUGCAUUUUCUCUUGUCCUCCACAUCCAUUCCUUUCUGUUUCAUCAGUGGUGAGAUUCCUAUGGAUCCUGUUGCUAUCAGUGGGCACCUAAAGCCUUCAUUUAAAAAGCACCUAAUUAAAUAGUUCAAAAAAAUAACCAAUAAAGCACUUAAAGCCCUACCUAAAAGGGGUUUCUAGGUGAGGGGUUGGCCUCUUCUCCCACACAACCAGUGACAGGACAAGAGGAGAUGGGGAGAGUUUAGGUGGGACAUCAGGAGGAGUUUCUGUAUGGAAAUGGUGGUCAGGCAUUGUCAGGGGCUGUCCAGGAAGGUUUGGAGUCCCCAUCCCUGGAGGUGUCCAAGGAAGGCCUGGACAUGGCACUCAGUGCUCUGGGCUGGGGACAGGCUGGGGUUGGGUCACAGGUUGGUCUCCUUGCCCUUUGAGGUCUUUUCCAACCUCAGUGAUUGUGUGAUUACAACAGCAAAAGUGUUCAACAGGUUCCUUCCAACCACCUUAGGGGCAAGGCAACCCCAGCAUGUGUUUUGGGAUUCCUGGAGGGGGAGAUGUGGCAGGGGGGAUUUAGAGAAGGGCCCAGGCUAAGGAGCUCCCUGGCAGCUGGAAUUGUGCCUGGGGCUUCUGCUGGGAGCCCACAGGGGACCCUCAGUGCUUCCUUUGUCCCUUCCUCAGAGGCUGCUCCCAGGGCAGAGAUGUCUCCAAGCACAUCCUCUUCUUCUGCAUCCCCUGGUGCUGGGAAGGAGGAGUAGGUCUUUCCAAACUGUGCAGAGGCCUGGCUGUCCCAGCUGCCCUUUGGGGGUGCUGAGCCCCUUCCCAGGUGUUUUAUUUUCUUUCAGAUGCUUCUCAGCUUCACGGCAAAGGGUCCAAUGCACAGCAGCGCAAGUUGUGACGCCUGCAAGGAGGGGAGCUCCAGCACCCAUAGGAUAAAACCCAGAGGAACAGCUCAUGGACUUUGGAUACCAGCUGUGUCUUUUGAUUUCUUUUUUUUUUUUCCCUAUUUCUUUUUUUUUAUGAUAACUGGAGAGACUGAACUGCAACAAGGAACUCAUUGGGGCGUCUGCUCAGAGGCUUUCAGAGCUGAGCCCCACACCUGGGGCCACCUGGAGCCAUGCCCUGAUGAGAGGAGCCUUUUGUAGCACUGUUUAUUGCUGCUGCCCUUCCUGCAUUCCCUGGCACUGGCAGGAGCUGGAACUCACAGGGAGGCUGGGCUGGUCCUGCAGUGGAUUCCCACCCUCCUGUGUCUGUAGCUGCCAAGUACCUCCAAGUCCAGUUACCUCCUUGGUCUCCCUGUGGAGGGUAUGAAAGGUGCUUCUUUCUUCUGCUUUGGAUUUACUUGGAUAAUUCUAGCACUGCCAGUGCUUUCUUGAAGACAUUUGAGGAACUUUCCAAUUGUACUAUAAAACUGUGCUACACUUCAUUGGAGGAUUUAAUAUUUCCUGUGUGGUGAAUGUGAGGAACCACCUGAUGUUCCCCUCUGGAGGAGAAGGAAGACUCUCUAGAGACUAAAGACAUUUUUAGAUGCAGUCAUCGACUUUUAGAAUUCUACUUCUUUUGAGUUUUUGGAUUUUUUUCCCUCCAAAGGGAUGCUUUUUUCCUGCUCAGUUUUAUCCUCAUUGCCAUCGAAUGCAUUGGAUUGAAUGGGACACCUCUUAGCAUGUCACAUGGAUGGGAAGACAUAAUUCCAGUGCCUUUUAUGGUGGAGCAAGAAUGGACUAGUGACACACAUUUCAGCCCUAUUUUGUGUGCUCCUCAACCCUUUUUUAAUCAUUCUGUAUUUAAAAUGUAUUCUGGUUUAUUUAAUAGAGCUUUUUAUGGUUGCACAUCAGAAGAAAAAAAAAAAAAAAAGCUGCACUGUCUGGACUUGAGUGGUGACCUGGUGACUGAGCACAGUCCCAAAUCCAGCAGGAGCACCAGUUCCCAUCCCAGUCUGUGCAGGCGGGUCCCAGGCCCUCCCCUAAAGCCAUUCUUUCCUAGGGUUGUGAGUUAGGAUCAAUUUGGUGGGCAGAGGGAAUGAGUGAGAUGAGCCAAGGUCACGACCUGUCCAGUGAAUUCCAGAGAAAAACACCUCAGUGGUGCCUGCACCAGGAUCAUGUGCACAGCAAGCUGCAGGAACAGGGACCAUCUACACUCUGGGGGUGUCUUCUCUUGUUCAUUUUUUAACUUCAGAGCUAAAUACUCCCCCUGUGCAUCCCCUUUCAGGCUAAGGGCAGGCUGAGGCUCCACCUGAGCUUUCUGAGGUUUGGUUUCCUGCUCUGCCCAGUCUGUCUUCUCUCAGGCCCUCCCAGCCACGUCCCAGUUGUGCAGGGGUAGUGCUGAUCCAUGUAGAAUUUACUGGUAUUCCAAGGAAAGGCUUGCAGCUUCCUCCUUGAGCUUUGGGGAAGGAUGCUGAGCCCAGGAUGCCAGCAAAUGUCUGCUUUAGUUUCCUCUGGUUUUUGUUAAGAUCUGAGAAUGACUGUUUUCAAUUUGAGCUGAUACAUAACUGCCCGAGAUCAGUGAGUUGAUUGUAUUUCAAAUUAAUGGACACAGCUCAGAUUUCAAGUCUGUUUACAGAAAAUACCUAGGUUGUAGCAGAAGAGCCAAAGACAGAACUGGUGUGGGUCAAAGGAAGCACAGCAUUUCUUGUUGGACUCUGAGCAGUGGAUCUCGUGUGGUUCCUGUUGAAGGCCUCAUCCUGAGGGGUGCUUGGCACCUUCACCUUCCCCUGGGAGCUGAAAGCUUGGGACUCCUGGCAGGACAGGGGCUCUCAGUGAGUGACCUGAGGUACUGGUUCUCCUCCCUCUCUUUGCUUUCACUUGAAUGCUUCUGCUGGGAAGCCCCCGUGUGCAGAAUCCCUCCUUCUAGGAAUUUAGCGAAGCCUCUUGCCUCAGGGAAACGUUUAUGUGGUGGAAAUUCUGUGGGAUAUUUUUUCUUUACAUGCUAUAAUGAGUGAGUGAGUGGUGUGGAGCAGAGUGGCAGCAAGGCAGGCCCACGCAGAGCAGCUGAUGGGGAGCCAGGCUGGCACCUCUGCCUUGGGGAGGCAACUUGCAGCGCUUCCAGGAUGGAAUGGGGAGGGAUAGGCUCCCAUGGCACUUACCUGGGGAUGGCAGUUCCUUUUGGCUGUAAGAGCUGCAGUUUACUAUUCUAUUUUUUUUUAUGUGUGUGUUGGCACUGUCUUGCUGAAGAUGGUGGGGGUGGUAUGAAAAAAUGUUAAUCUUGUACAGAACAACUCAAUAAAUUGUUUCAAACUUUCCAAAA